UUGAAACCGAGCUCUUCGGUGCUUCGAUCAUACAGCGGUGGUGUCAUUCGACAUUUCGGUAUGGCAAGGCUACCAGUGACCGUGAACGGCCGGUCGAAGGACGUCAACUUCUAUGUCGUCAAAAAGGGCAACCAAGCUAUACUGGGACUACUAGCAUGAGAGUCGCUUGGUCUGGUGUCACGUACAAUGGAUGCUGUAAAAGAAGGAAGCACCACAGCGGGCGGCAGUGAGGACGUUCUAACCGAAUUCCGCCAGCUUUUUCAGGGAACAGGCUGCGUGAGUCGCCAGUAUAAAAUGGUCCUACGCAAGGAUGCGACGCCAGUUGUCCAGCCAGCUCGGCGGGUGCCCUUGGCGCUGAGGGAACCUCUGAGGGAGGAGCUGGAGCGCAUGCAGCGAAGUGGCAUCAUUGAGAGGGUCCAGAAACCGACAGACUGGACAUGCUAUCAAGGGCUCCAGGGACAGCGACUAAGGACUACUCCGACGACACGGAAGAUGUGGAGGUCCACGCGGUUGCAGUCAUGUCAACCUUGGUACGACUUCAGCCACGUCACGUCGAGCCCCGAGUUCCCGCGAUCGAAUGGACUCGCUGAGAAGGGGGUUCAGAUUGUGAAAAGAAUCCUAAAGAAAACGGAAGAAACAAAACAAGACUUCUGGCUCGGGUUGCUCAACUACAGAUCCACUCCACUCGAAGAUGGCCGCUCCCCUGGUGAACUCUUGCAGGGCAGGAGGCUUCGCACUCUACUCCCAGACUUCAGGCAGCAGCCAAGCAUACCAGUAUUCAAGCGAGCCCAGGCAGACACUCGGGCGAGAACGUUACCACCUCUCAAUACCGGCGAUGUCGUGAGAGUACAGGAAAAGACAUGGAAUCGCCGAGCUCAAGUUACCGAAGCAGUUGCACCGAGGUCUUAUCAACUAGUUACCGCGAGGACAACAGAGUGCUACGUCGCAACCGACAGCAUCUGCUUCCAACUGGUGAGCUGUUCCAGCAAGAAGCCCUCGAAUGUGAUGACCGGGAGAGCGAACGAGCGUGUGAAGCACUGCAACCCACGGCACCUGCUGCAACUGGAGACUCGCCUGUGAGCUCCGAGAACAUUCCGCAGGCGCCGCCGCCCGUGAUUACGACUGGACCGACUGUGAGCUCAACGGCUUACAUUGCGCCGAUCUACCAGAGAUAGGAGACCACGCAGCGCCUGCGGUACGACCGCAAUUUCAACCAAGUACUUGGCAUCUAUUCUCCACAGGAGGGAAGAUGUAUCGGUAAUGACGCACGUGCCAUGCCUGGUGCGGUGAUUCAUCGUGCUCGCCUAGAUUAGAUAUGCGCCUUGGUUGCCACGCCCCUUGCGGCUAUAAAAGCACUGUACGUUCAGCAAUAAAGAGCAUUUGGUCGUUGGCCACCUCGACUGAUACAGUUGGAAACUGCAACCCCUUCUAACUUUCUGUGGCGGCAGACGGGCUGUUAUGAUCGAGCUUAGUUUUCCAAGACGUCAUUAACUACCACACCUGGCGAGCGAGGAAUGCCCCACCAGCAACACGCAGCUGUCACGAUUGAAGUUCACGCCUCAUCAUUCACUUCGCUUCAAGAAAGCAACAUCGCCCUCCUGACCAUCACGAAGUGGCCAAUUAUCAAUACACGACCGGUGGAUGCCUCCUAUUGUGACCCGUCUGAGACAGGUGCACCACGUACACGAGUAGCUGAUAGAGGACAUGAGCUCCCCGAGCAGCUCAUAGAGGACAGCACUGGAGCAGCAUGCUGACAACUAGUGAGAGGCGAUGGAGGUGCUGAACGAUUCGGCGUUUUGAUUGGCCAAUUGAUUCACUCAGUGAGAGAAAGAUGGGUUAUC